GUAAAAAAAAAAUCAAACUUUAAUUGAUUUCACUGUGUGGGUCGGUUUGGCAAAAGUAUAGGAAGUACGAAGAGCUCAAGAAAGACAUUUUGAAUCAGAAAGAUGGGCUCUUUCUGGGUUAUGAUUCUGUGUAUUCUUGGAAUAACUGGCUCUGUCUGCUCUCAGUUGCAGGAAGGUUUCUACAGUAAAACAUGUCCCAGAGCUGAGAAGCUCAUCAAAGACUUUGUCCACGACCACAUUUCAAACGCUCCCACUCUAGCAGCUCCUUUACUGAGAAUGCAUUUCCACGAUUGCUUUGUCAGGGGUUGCGACGCAUCUGUGCUUUUGAACUUCACAUCAAGCACCGGAAACCAGACGGAGAAAGUCGCUGUUCCGAACCAGACUUUGAGGGGGUUUGACUUUAUUGACCGGGUCAAGAGCAUCGUGGAAGCUGAAUGCCCUCAAACCGUCUCCUGUGCAGAUAUUCUUGCUUUGGUCGCCAGGGACUCUGUAGUCGCCAUUGGAGGGCCAUCUUGGGAUGUUCCGACGGGUCGACGGGACGGCCGUGUUUCCAAUUCAUCGGAAACCAGCAGCAUUCCCCCGCCCACCAGCAACUUCACAACCCUCCAAACGCUCUUUAGCAACCAGGGUCUUAAUCUCACCGACUUGGUCCUAUUGUCCGGUGCGCAUACGAUCGGGAUGUCGCAUUGCUCGUCAUUUUCAACCCGUCUUUACAAUUUCACGGGGACGGUCCCGUCGCAAGACCCGGCAUUGGACAGCGAGUACGCGGCGGCUCUGAAGAAGAAAUGCAGGUCGCUUAAUGAUAACACAACGAUAGUAGAGAUGGAUCCGGGGAGUUUCAAGACGUUUGAUCUGAGCUACUAUAAGGAAGUUCUGAAGAGGAGAGGGCUGUUCCAGUCGGACUCGGCCUUGUUGAACAGCCAAACGACAAGGGCAUUGGUCAAUGGUCUUGCCAGUGGAACCAAUGAGAUCUUCGAAGCAGAGUUUGCGAGGUCUAUGGAGAAAAUGGGAAGGAUUAAUGUGUUGACAGGGAGUGCAGGUGAGAUCAGGAAAAACUGUGCGGUUGUCAACUGAUCGGGCCGGGCCGGGCCGGGCCGGGCUUUUGUUUUUACGCUAUCUUCUCAUCCAUAUUUGAGUCCGUAAUUAAACUUGCUGUCCAAUCCGCGGGGUGGUUUGGUCGGUCAAUUAUUGUGCCAUUUUUUUAUGAGUGGAAUUCCAGUUCAAUAAGUUGUACUAAAAAUACGUGGAUGCUGGAUCCAUGAAAAGUAUCCCUCUAUAGAUUUCAAGUUAAACGUUGUUAUCCGAUGUGUUUUGCCAUGUGAUCAUAUUUAAUUUAAUUUGGUGCCCUUAAUGUUUUACUGAUGACGUUAAGUUAAUAAUAGUACUUAAUAAUUUUAUAUCUCACCCGUCUUUUUCAGUGUUCA